CAGGAUGGCGGAUCUUUCCCUGGACGAACUGAUACGCUUACGCGGCUUAAACGCCAAAGGAACUAACAGCAGGCCCACAUUUCAAAGGGGUGCUGGAGGUGAGAGAAGUAUGGUUGGUGCAAGAGAGAAAAUCGGUGUGGUGGAUGCCAGGCAGAGUAUCGUUUCAACGGGAGGAGGUGGCAGGGAGAAGCUUGCCCAGAAGGACGCCCGCUUUAAAAUUAAAAGAGGGGCCGUGGGGGGAGGUGUUCAGGAUGCUCGACAAACAAUUAAUUUGCGCAAGCAACAGACGCAGGACAUGCCACAGCUAGAAGUACGCCACCCCUCACAGAGACUCUCCCAUACACACACACCGAAGAUACAGCUGCUCAGCCACAAUGGUAACGGAACAGCACAGGACUCUAAUGUGGAAUUAAACACAAGGGGAGGGUUGGCUUUACAGGGGGGCGGGCCCAAGAAAAUGAUGGAUGCACGUGAUAGGCUUAGCCUGAAGAGAAGCGUUGUAGUUGCCUUGCCCACUCCUGCGUCGCCUACACCCCUCAAAAUCACCAAGACCAUCCAGCAGCCAGUGGGAUUGACGAGUGCCUUUCGUAUAAACAUUCCCAACAGAAAUACCCAGUCCCUUUCAGGGGAAGAUGGUGUCAGCCCCAGUAAACAGAAGAAGCCUGGUGUCAUUGCGUCUCCGUUUUCCGGCCCAAUCACCAAAGUUGUCCAAAACGACACCUAUAAGGCACCCGUUCCUGCUGCACCCGAGGCGCUCUCCAGGUCCACACCCGCCGUACCAGCAUCCGGCCACGCACCCCCCACUAUAAAGGCAAUAUCUCACACCUUGGCCACCGGCCAGGCGCAGCAGGGAGGAGGUGCCACUGCGUGUCCGGCUGCAGCACAGCCAGUCUGCAGUCCCCUGGAAGGAACCAAAAUGACAGUGAACAACCUUCAUCCCCGUGUCACUGAGGAGGACAUUAUGGAGCUGUUCUGUGUGUGCGGUGCCCUGAAACGAGUGCGGCUCCUCAGAGAGGGGGUGGCGGAGGUGGUGUUCGUCAGGAAGGAGGACGCUGUCACAGCGUACAGGAAAUACAACAACCGCUGCCUGGACGGUCAGCCCAUGAAGUGCAGUCUUCACAUACAGGGAAAUGUGAUCAGUUCAGAUCAGCAAAUCUUGCUGAGGCUGAGUGACAGUCCGGGAGGGGCAGGAGGCGACAGCAAAAAAGAGGGACUCCCGCCCUCUCUCUCUCGCCCUCGUGGUCGCUCCAGCUCUUCUCAGCCCACGCCAGAGGUUGACCCAGCCACCAUCUUAAAGGCCCUUUUCAAGUCCUCCCCUCAGAGCCUCUCUACCACUGAAUCCUCUUAAUGCACAGGCCUCCACCUUGUGUAUUAUGAGAUAGCACACAAUACAGCUACCAUUAUGUGUACAUGCAAACACACCCACAUUGUUGACAGUGCAGGGGCCUGUGGCUCACAUACAGCUACAGUACAACACAUACACUUAUGUGUACGUGCUACACAACAAACGAGGAUUCGUUCCAUGUUAGACGGCAUGCAUACGUUGGGAACUGCGUAUCAUCCAAUCAACACACUUGCACAAUGACCACAUUUUAAUCACGAUACACAGAGAGUGGGUGCCUGCACAUUAGUGCUCAGUAAGGUGUGGCAUAGGCCACCCAACCAUACAACUGUCUCAAUUCCAGUACAGACACAUGAAUGUACAGACAGUGUAUUGUCCACGCACAGUGUCCGUAAAGGAGUGGCUGUGGAGUAGGGUCUGGUAUGGUUUUCUUUCAGUUUUAUAAGCUGUAACCUAAACCAACCUGGGUGAGGG